CUCUUUUUUUCUUCCUCCCUUCUUACACCCGGUUAUUCCUACUCACACCCGGUUAUUCCCAUUUUAGGUGCAGCAUUUGCUGCACCUCGGACCCCCUCUUGGCGCCACUGGCGGCGGUACCCACAGGCAGAAUCACUCCCGCUCGCGCCCCGCUCGCCUCACCGCUCGCUCGCAGUCACGCAGUGCGCAGCUCGCGGACAAGACAAGACCAGAUCUCGCCGUUUCCACUCCACGCCAGACGCCAGACGCUGCUGCCAACGCUUGCUGGAACUUGAAGAACAUGGAGCAGCUGCCGGACGACGUGCUGCUGGAGGUGAUGCGGUACCUGACUGUGGAAGACCUCUUCGCCUGCCGCCUCGUGUGCAAGAGGCUCGGGGCCCUGGCGCUGCACCCAGACGUGUGGCGGCAUCGAGAUCUUAACGCCUACGGCGACCAACUCAAAUGGCUGUGCCCUGUACUCCGCCUCGCGCCGUGCUUGACCACGCUGAUGAUGGAUCUCCCAACGCCGGGGUGCCUGCUCGCGUGCACCAUGGUGAAGUGUGCUGUGAGGGAGUUGUACUUGGGUGUGGUGGACGAGGGCGGCUCCAUGCACGCGGCCGCUUUGAUCCGCAGCCAGGAGGCGCUCGGCCGACUACGGGUCCUUCAAAUAAGCUUCCCUUUGGGUUCUGAUAGAGAACAAACUGCUCUGAUGGGGACGGUUGCGUCAACGUCUGGCCUUGAAAUGCUCAUUUGCGACCAUUGUUCUCCUUGUCCAGCGUCGACCAUAGCAAGGCUAGUUCAGCACGGCGCCGUGACUACGUCAUCCCUGAGGUAUUUCAUCUGCUCUCUGUUUUCCCAAUCAGAUUAUGGUUUUGCACAUUUCGUGCUUAGUUUGCACGCCGCUACCUUGGAGAAGGUUGACCUCGGCCUCGGCAGUCGCUUGUCCGACGAUUACUGCCCGUACUUGAGCGAGACCGCGUCCCUGCUGGUCGGGAUGCCAAACCUGCGGAAGCUAGAAUGCCCCGUGCUACCGGGCUUGGAGUCACUGGUCGUAUGCGAGUCCCUAACGACCCUGACCAUCAAUGUGUGUGCGUUACCUGACCGACGUGCCCUCGUGGGGGCUGCGAAACUCCUUCGCCGCGCCCACCAGCUGCGCGAAGUGAUGUUGUACUACAGGUCAUUCUUCGAAGACAGAAGCCUCCUUGAUUUAGGCGUGGACUUGAUCCGAGCCUUGGAAUGCUCCGGACGUUCCCAGUUGGAAAAGCUGUCACUCGGAGCGUCGUGGGAAUUUGCCGCUCCUCCUGACAAGAUCUUCACGCUGGUCACACCACUACUCGCCACGCUGCCCUCGCUGCAGGCCCUGAAGCACCUGGCGGUGGACCCGGCACCUAGUGAACUGCUGCUAGGUAUCACGCCCCAAACGACCCCGGCUCUGGAGGGCCUGGAGCUUCAUCCAAUUGAUGACACACUUCUUCCGUGCGCUCACGCCUGGCUGCACAGCGACGCAGUCAAGAAGCUGUUCACUAACAACUCCUCACUUGAAUUGUUUGUUCCAAAUUUACCCAAGUACUGCCCAGAUGACGAGCUGUGCGAAGUCUGUGCACUGGGCUGCCACCUGCCCCAUUGGCAUGACGUUGAACUCGAAAAGUUCGAUCUGCUUCACGGGAUUACUUGUUCACUCAUUCCAAGAAAUAAAUUCUGUAGCUAAACAUCACGCAUCCUGCUGCCAAGUACUACAUUGUUGUUGUGCUGAGUCAAGUUUUUUUGCUACUACGUGACCGUGCAGUGUGUGCACUUGCGAUACUGUCUUUUCAUAAAGAGAUCACAUCAAUGUAUCAAUGUGUACAGAUUUCUUAACUGCGUAGAUUUAAUUCUGAUUCAAUGAAACUAUUAAUUGACUAAUUCCUCUUUUCAGAAUACUAACUGUAUUUUGCUCUGUCGACUCUGUAAAUGUUUUAAAUAAAUUGUUGCACACCCUUA